AUGAAGCCUUCCGCUCUUUUCCUUAUCCCACUCUUCAGCAUUGCGUUUGCCGCGCCUGCAACUCCACAGAAUCAGUGUAGCGUGGGAGCCAGCAAUGUCUUUCAACAGGUUUCAAACCCAGAUGGAUCGGGUCUCCAAGUAAAGGGAUGCGACAUUGCCAUUCCGCAAUCCUCGAUUGAAGCCAAUGUCCUUGAGAGGCGUGCAAUGCAUGGAACCCUCCAAGUGAUGUGGACUAUUACUCUAUCGGCUUCAAAAGACAUCAUCAUUCGCGCACUCGUCAACUUGGUCAACGACCAAAUUACCCUGUUUACGGAGAUGGCAGGCAUGGGCGUCACUGUCGACAAUGUCGCUCGACUCUCCGGCAACCAAGUCGCCUUUGAAGUUAAUGCCGCAGGGAGAUGGGGUGAUACUGCUGCCAGAUUUGUCUAUGAUUUCGGCGUAGGAACCAUCAUCAGCUUCAUCAGAGAAGGUGCUAGGGAUACUGGAGGAUAUAACUUGCCAGUCGACACCGAGUAUUGCUACACUAGACCGGCAUAA